AUGAACAAGGCUGUGUUGGUGUUUCUCGUUGUGGCAGUCUCUGCCGUGCAUGGGUAUGCAGUCAACAGCCACCAGGGGGCAGCAGUGGAGCAGCAGCAGUACGAUGCCCGAGACGCAGUCAGGGGCAUUCGGGGAAGGGGCUACGAGAUCCUGAAACGGGCUGCCCGAGACCUGUUCCACACCGUUUCCGAGGAACGGGCCAAGAGUCAGGCAUCGUGGUCUCAGCUCUACAAGUCUGCAUAUCCAGAAAUCGAAGGCAGAGCCCUGAACCCGUUGGGCAGCGUGGGCAUGAACCUGGCCUUCGGACUGGGCACUCUGGUCCUCGGCCUGGCCGGCAUGUCCUUUGGCGGCAGCACAGUGGCCCGGAGUCUCAAGACGGCCUACGACGGCAUCGAGUGGAGGUCGGGCCUGGUGGCCAUGACCAGGGACGACUUCCUGGAGAGGACCUUUGACUGGAUGGACGUCAAGGACGCCACGUGCAAGCAAAGGAUGAUCUGCGAGGUGGAGCAGUACGCAGCUGACCAGUCCACGUUCAAGACUCUCAUCCUCAAGUUCCUCAGGCAAGCUCGGAAUCCUGACCAAAAAUUGCAGUCUUCAGCUUUAAUGGAGAAUGCAAAUGUUCCUGAACUGGUGCUGGAGUCAAAGACAAACCUGGUUGCCCUGGAAUUUAACCCAAAAGACUGUAAUAUCCUGGCUGGGGGCAUGGACAAGGGCCAGGUGUGCUGGUGGGACAUAAGAAGAGGACCUGUGCCAGUGGAAACCACUCCUGUACACGUGUCUCAUACUGAGCCUGUCUAUUCUCUCACUUGGAUCAACUCAAAGCAGGGCACUGAGUGGUUCACUGCUGCCAAUGAUGGAAAAGCCUUGUGGUGGGAUUCCAGGAAGCUGAGUGAGCCCACGGAUGUGAUGUUAUUUGACAUAAGAGGGACAAAGGCUGCUGCCCAAAUUGAAAACCUGACUUGUAGGGGUCCUCUGGGUGCCAGUUGCUUGGAAUAUGAACACACCAUUCCUACCAGAUUCAUGAGAUCACAUCCCAAGCUUUGCUUCAUGACUUGCUUUGGAAUUCGUUCAGGUAAAGUGGCACUAUGUACCAGGAAAGCAAAGAAUCCAGCUGAGAGGAUCUUGAAUGUGUAUGGUGCUCAUGCUGGGCCAGUGUAUGCUGUACAGAGGAACCCUAGCGCACUGAAGAAUUUCUUGACCAUUGGAGACUGGUCUGCCAAAAUUUGGGCAGAAGAUGUCAGAGACUCUGCCAUUAUCUCCACAAAGGCACAACCUGCUCGCUUGAUCGAUGGCUGCUGGAACCCGACACGGCCAUGCACUUUCUACACUGCAAACCUCAACGGAGUCCUGGACGCAUGGGACAUCUUGGCCUAUCACUCAAAGCCGAUUUUCAGCUUGCAGGUUUGUGAUGAGGGACUUCAGUGCAUCAGAGUUGAGGAAUCUGGUCAUUUGCUGGCAGCUGGUUCUGUGGAGGGAAAUACUUACCUUAUACAAGUGUCAGAGUCUCUCAAUAGGAUGUCCAAGAAUGAGAGAACAUUGAUGACUGCUCUUUUGGAGAGAGAGGCCCAUAGAGAGAAACUGUUGGAGCAAAGAGUCAAAGAGCAAAGGGUCAGAGAAAGGAGCAGUGGUAGGGUUGCCAAUAACACACCUGGAACACCUGGACCAAAUCAUGAAGAAAGAUUCCUCAUGCCCAUGGAUCAUGAAGCCAUGGAGAAAGCGAAAAAGGACUAUCUGUCUGCUGUUAAAGCAGAACUGGAACAAAGAACACUGACUGAGGAACAGGCACUAGCAGAGAUUGCUCUCUUAGAAAGUGAUUCAAGGAUGCCUCAAACAGAUGAUGAAAAGAUUUUGCUGGAAGCUACAACCAUCAACCUACCCCCAGGGGCUCAUGAGUUGAUGGAGAUCAGGAGAGAAGCUGAGGCUAUCCUGAGAGCAAGGGGUAUCAGCAGAGGGUUCAGCACUGUUGCCAGUUCACUCUGUGCACCUGCCAUUCCUGACACAGAUGAUGAAGAUGAUGGAGAGCCUAUUGAUCCAAAUAAUUUGAUCACCAGCAGGCAGGAGUUGAUUGAUAGGAGGAAUGCUGCUGAUAAGGACUCUGAUAAUGAUGAUCCUGGAUUGAUUGAUCGUUGAAUGUGCAAUUUAAAAUUUGUUCAGAUUUCUGUCAGGGAUAUCACAAAGUGUGAAUUCAAUUGUUUAUUUGAAUCUCUGAUAUGUAAGAGCUAUAUCCUUUUCCAACCAAGAUGAUUUUAAAGAAUGUCAUCCAAAAGCUGUUCUGCCAAAAGCCCCCAUUUGUGCAAAACCUCAGGGAAUACAGAUAUUCUUGCAACUAUUUAUGGUUAUGUGCAACUUUCACCAGCAGCCCUA